AUGGCACCAUCGCUACCUCCCGAAACCCUCUUGCUUGUCUUUUCUUUUCUGGAAGACGAUAUUGUCGCCUGUGCUAGUGUCUGCCGAGAAUGGCAAGUCGCCGCCGAGAGCAUCACCUUCUCCAGCCUGCUUGCAAACUCCGCGAAUAUUGAAGAUCUUUGUCGCAUUGUCGGACGCACCAGCACACCAUGGCGACCCUCUUUUGUUCAAGAGCUGGAAUUCAAGUGCAUUUUACCGACGUACGGUAUCCAAUCUCGGGCCUACUUCGAGACCGAGUCUGAUCGCCAUUCGAACAACAAGGCGGUUACGCAAGCCAUAUCAUCUCUCUUCGAGGUCCUCAGUUCAUGGCCCGAUCACAACCGAAAUGAAAUGAAACUUGUUCUCUUUUCCCGGUCUCCAAGUGAUUGGGAAGCUGAGCCUGACUGGGACCAACGGAAAGCCCGAAUGCAGCAGAACCGGGCUUUUCCAGAAAAAGACCUGAUGCAGGCCAGGUAUGAAUCUUCGUAUCUUCAGCUGCUCAGUACAGCGGAUAUCUCGACUGUUAAAUGUGUCACCGAACUUCGAAUUUAUGGGGCUUCGCUUUACCGGGGAUUCUCGCCGCAAUCUGUAUCCGAGAUGGUAUGUCGGCUCCCACGGCUGCAAGAAUUGUCCGUCGAUCUUAGCGACAAAGAUCGAAAGAACCCCACAGAGCGAGAUCAUCAUCGCCACGAGUUGUCACGGGGCAUUGCCAAAUGGCCGUCCUCUCUCAAACGUUUCCGCUUGGAUUGUCUACGGGAUCCAGCUUGUGAUGGAAAGGGACCCUUGAGGAAACUUUCAGAACCAGGAGCAGAUUCACUGAGCCUUGCACUUCAUCGCCUAACACAACAGCUGGAAACCGUUGACUUGACGUCUGUCAUGGUUGGUCCUGAGUUUUUUUGGCCCGCGUGUGCCAACAAAACAAUUACAUGCUGGCCAAAUCUUACGACCAUUGAUGUAAGAUAUGCGCCCGCGACCCCUUCCGGCACAUGGCUGUUUGAAAGAGACCCAAAAUACCAAGGCGAAGACGAUGGUCCAUCUAUAGAAAAUAGCUACCCUCGCACAAAGCCAAAUGAGUCCCUCAAUGGGCUUUACGUGGCUGCUGGACGUGCUGCUCAGCAAAUGCCUCGGUUAAGGACGAUGGUACUUCAAGCUGAUAUGGCUAGUACGAGCACUAGAGUCCAAGAGGCUUUUGACUCAAUUCCCGGUCACUGGUUUCAAUACACUUCAAGCUCGGCCAGAGCUACUUGGAUUUGCACCUCGGAAUAUCACGUUACACCUGAGGUCCGAGAGGUAUGGGAUGCCGUAGCCAAAAAUCAUGGUCGUGGCCAUGUAAAAAUCGAGAACCUAGGAUUCCGCCACGAUGCUGAUGAGAUGGGGGGCCACAAGUCGUUCUACAGCGACGAGGUUGGAUUUGAUGAAGAGUUCAAAAAAGAAUAUGGGUGUUUUUCAUGGGAUUCUUAG